ACAGUCAGUCUUACCAGUCACUUGUAUUUAUUUUCUUUCUUUUCCACUUGCAUAUCGCUACUCUGCUCUCUUUCUAGUUCUCUUCGCCACCAAAUGGCGGCUGCAAUGCAAGUUAACGUUAAACCAAUUAGAGCCGCUUUCACGUCUAAACUCGCUUCCAAACACUCCCGUAAAUCAAAUAGAAUCAGUUGCGCUGCUGCUGCCGCCACACCAUCCAAACGCUACUUCAUCACUCUCCUCCCUGGUGAUGGAAUCGGUCCCGAAGUCAUCUCCGUGGCCAGGAACGUCCUCAAGCUUGCCGGUUCUCUUGAAGGCAUUGAAUUUAGCUUCCAAGAGAUGCCAAUGGGUGGAUCUGCUUUGGAUUUGGUAGGAGUUCCAUUGCCAGAGGAAACCCUUUCUUGCGCUAAGCAAUCUGAUGCUGUUCUUCUUGGAGCUAUUGGAGGGUAUAAAUGGGAUAAAAAUGAAAAAAAUUUGAAGCCAGAAACUGGGCUCCUCCAGUUAAGAGAAGGUCUUAAGGUCUUUGCAAAUUUGAGACCAGCUACUGUUUUACCUCAGUUAGUGGACGCUUCAACUUUGAAGAAGGAGGUUGCCGAAGGCGUUGAUGUAAUGGUUGUGAGGGAGCUUACUGGAGGUAUUUAUUUUGGAAAACCAAGGGGUUUUGGCACCAAUGAAUCUGGUGAGGAGAUUGGCUUCAACACUGAGGUGUAUGCUGCAUAUGAGAUUGAUCGCAUUGCUCGUGUUGCAUUUGAGACUGCAAGGAAGCGACAUGGAAAACUCUGCUCUGUUGACAAAGCAAAUGUCUUAGAGGCGUCAAUGUUUUGGAGGAAAAGAGUAAUGGCCAUUGCUGAAGAAUAUACUGAUGUUGAGCUCUCACAUAUGUAUGUUGACAAUGCUGCUAUGCAGCUUGUUCGUAAUCCAAAACAGUUUGAUACAAUUGUGACAAACAACAUAUUUGGUGAUAUACUUUCUGAUGAGGCUUCAAUGAUUACUGGAAGUAUAGGGAUGCUUCCAUCAGCUAGUCUUGGUGCAUCGGGACCUGGACUUUUUGAACCAAUACAUGGUUCUGCUCCUGACAUUGCUGGACAGGACAAGGCAAACCCAUUGGCUACAGUUCUUAGUGCUGCAAUGCUUUUGAAAUAUGGCCUAGGGGAAGAAAAAGCUGCAGAGAGAAUUGAGAAUGCUGUUUUGGAUACCCUGAAUAAGGGGUUUCGGACAGGCGACAUCUACUCUGCUGGAACUAAAUUGGUGGGAUGCAGAGAAAUGGGUGAUGAAGUGCUGAAAUCAGUAGACUCCCAAGUGCCUACUGCUGUUUAAUCAGAAACCAUGUUACAGCUGAAUUCAGUAGUUCAAUAUCAGAGAAUGAUGUUUUGAGUUCUUUCAUAUCUCCUUAUCCAUGUAAAAUUAUUCGGCUUUCAUAAGUUUUUUUUUGCUGGUUUUGAGGAGGUGUUGUAUUUUAUUGGAUUUCAUUCCUGUGGCACACUAGGAGCUCAAAACAGAGUCAAGGCAUUACAUUUUGUUGUUUAACUGCUGAGAGAUCUUUGUUGCUUUAACAGCCUGGUUAAGGAGGUUUGUUGUAACACAAACAAAUUCUUAUUUGCUGAAAAUAAAUCACAUGGUUUCAGAUUAGACGUUUAAA